AUGCCUACACCACCACCCAACGUAACUGAAGAAAAUAUAGAGAACUUUGAGCGAAGAUGGAAACAUGUGCUGGAUUUACCUGAAUAUGAGAAAACAAAAACCGAAAUAAAUAAAAUUAAAAUACACGUUCGCAAAGGAUGCCUUUCGGAUAUUAAUCCAGGAGAAGGAACUUCUAUUAAUGAAAAUUUACAUCAUUUUAUAAAUAGAUGUCUUCUAUGUGGAUCGUCAACAAUCGGUCCAGAAUUGGCAACUGCUGUACUGACCAUUCUUUUCUACACAAUAAACAGCAAACGAAAACGAUAUCACCAUGACAAAAAUACCAGGACGCACGUAUCUAUUCCAAUUGAAUCCGUGCUGCAAUGCGGCAAGGAACCGGCUGUCAGUUCAAAAAGUAAUUUGGACAAAACCAAUUCUGAUCAAGAUAUAUUGGUAAAUCAAGAAACCGAAACUGAGUCCCAAACGAAGCCUGUGGAAUCACCUUUACUUCUGGUUGGUGACUCAGUUGACGAUUUUUGCCAAGUAGAUGUUGCCGAAACCAUACUUAAACAUUCAAAUGAAAUGCUCAAUGUACUGGAGCGAAUAAACACUGCGAACCAAAACCGUUCAUUUAAUGUGUUUGAUACUCCAUUGCUGCAACUAAAAGGAUUGAAUAACAUAAUAUACACAGAAACAAUUGAUCAACAGCUUGUAGAUGAUAUAGUUAAGCAAAAUACGUUAGUCAGAAACCUAUCAGGCUAAUUAAUUUAACUAAUAUUCCAUUCAAGAUAUGUGGAAACUUUCUGGAAGAUAUAGAUGUUUCCUAUCUUCCACCAUAUGAUAAUAUUCUUUCCAUUACAUAUACAAAUUAUUCAUUACCCAAUUUUAUAUUCUCGAAAUGAAUAAAUCUAUCAACAAUUUAAAAUAGUUGAAUUGUUUUUAGACUCAUCAAAGAAAAAUCCAAACCGGGGUUUAACACGUUGCACCUGUGGAAAAAAUAGCAAGCGGGAACAGGCCGAAGUGGUUCAUUGCGUACGAAAUGAAUCGUCACGUUGUCCGUGUGCUGUUAAUGGAGAUGUGUGUUCCAGAGAAUGCAAAUGCAAAGGCUGCCAAAACAAAGAGAAAAUAACUACCGUCCAAUCAACUUCGAAUGUUAUAAGUUGCUCUUGUGGUAAAGGAAAAAAGAAAUCUGAUCCCCUAUACAAAUCCUGUACGGACGGUGUAAGGAAGUCCAAAUGUAGGUGCCUUAAGAAUGGUUGGAAAUGUACGAGUGCAUGCGAGUGUUACAACUGCCAUAAUCAAACAAAAGAGCUUCCAGUACCAACGCAGAAUGAUGAAACGAAAAGUGGAAAACGAAAAAGGGUAAAUCCGUCGCCGUACAAAAGAGCGAAAAGCAAAGAAUAUCUAAAAAAGGAAAUGGGACACGAACCAUUGCAAGGAUCUUGGACACACUUUGAAACGUUCGUUCUAGUAAGUAUUUUGUCUUUGCUUUCGACGUUACCUUUGUCACCAUCUAUUAACGACAUAGCUAAGCUGUACAAUUUCAUUGCUGACUACGACAAAAAAUGGCAGAAAAACGAACACCGAGCAAAGAUACGAGCGAAAUCAACGGCACAAAUGAGCGGGAAAGUAUCUAAUAUUCAAGAUAUUCAAGAAAUAAAUGAGUCCUUACAGCAGACUGAAUAA